GCCGAAACCAAAACAUGCGCAGGCCAGGGGCAAGGGUGGGAUGAGGGAGGAAAGGGAGAGGGAGGGGAGGAGAGGAAGGAGAGGAGAGGAAAGGAGAGGAGAGAGGUUGCGGGGGGCUGUCUUUUCAAAACGACACCCAGCACCUGAGGAUGGUUGGAAACAAAAUCGCACACGGGCCUCCUCGGCGGCGGCGGCUCCCGCGGCGCAGAACAACGCGCGCAGCUUUCGCGCUGGAGGAACGCGCCGGAGGAAAGCCACGGGCGUACAAUCAAAAACUCUGUGAGAGAGCGUCCCUGGUGACCCAAAUCUCGCGCAAUUGCGGCGGAGUGCCUAGCUCGCCUCCCAAAGCCGGCGAUGAUAACGCCUCACCCUAGACGGACCUGAGUUCCGAUUGCGUUAUCACGUCUCUUAGUUCACACAUCUGGGCCGGCUCUCUGCCUCUCUGCCAAGACGAGCACCCGCCUGGACAAACUGCUGCCCGCGGCGCCCGACGCGGCGCAAAAAGAACAUCCACAGCUUAUCUGCCAAAGUGGGUGGCGAGAUGGCCUUGCUGACAAGGCUGCGGCCGGCGCGAGCAAACGGCGAACAACCGCCUGCGCUGGGCAAGAACGUGCUGUACAAGGGGCAGAGCGCUUCUCUGGCAGCGCCCGUGGCGGCGUUUUUUUCAAGCGACGCCAGGGCCUCGCCGCGCACCAACUUCAGCACGGCUGCAGCCACGAGGGGGGCCCUGUACUCGGCCGUCCUCAAAGCCCGCGCACUCGGGACUUGCAGAGGAGCCAGGGGCAGGGCCCUCCUCAGAGCGCAGCACGCGCGCUUCCAGAACCCACGGGCUUGCCGUCCGCGCGGCCCGCGGCUGCGGAGCCCCGCGCCGCCGCGGCGCACGGCGAGCACUCGUGCGCAGACUGGCUGGUCUCGGACCCUGCCGAAGGAGGAGGAGGAGGAGGAGGAGGAGGAGGAGGAGGAGGAGGAGGAGGAGGAGGGGGAGAUGCUCGAUUCGGGUGGAAGAUCGGCUGGCCUCGGCGAGCCGCUAGCUCUGCUGGGGCGUGCGUCGGUGGCCGCUGCUGUUGCCGUCGCCCCCAUCGGCAACUCGUCAGCCCAGCGCGCCUCUUCGGCCCGAGCUCCUUCCAACAGGCGUACUGCUCCUGUGCCAGCUGGGAGUCCGUCGCCACCACAGCAAGUCAUGAGGCGGCGGUGCACCAGGCAUUCCACGAGGCCUCUCGCCGCCAGCGGCCGCUGCUGCUCAGCCAGUCGGCACACAACGACCGCCUGGAGGAGGCCGUCGUCGACUGCGUAGGCAUUGGCCAUGACGACGAAGGCGAAAGCAGGUCAACGCUCGACUGAGCCUGGCGCAGGGAGUUUCUCGACUCCGACUGCACAUCGGCACCCUGCUGCUGUCGCCCAAGUGGCCGCUUCCCCAAAUCGCCCGCCACGAGAGGAAAUAGCUCGAACAAGGGCGCGAAAUAAGACCCACGAGGGACCCGUCUCGAUGGCCUCGCCCUUGAACUCCCACAGAAUGGUAAUCCAAUGGUAUUUGGAAAAAGCAAGCGCCAACAUUCUGGAGACCUGACCUGACUUCCGCGAGAAGGACGCCACCGUGUUUUACGCGCAAGCCUGGCUUUCCUGCGGGCCUUCCCAGCCAGAUCCCAGCGGGAGGGCUCAUCGAUAUUGGCUGGCAGAGCUUCGACCAGACAAACGGCCAGAGGCUGGUCAGCGCGAUCGGCAUGAUUCUCCUGGCGGGGGCCGCAACAUCGACAGCGCGCACCUGAGCGGCCCCUGAGGGUCGGGCGUUGGUAGAACUGGGUUUAGUGGAACCUGGUUU